UAAGAUUUGUCAAAAAGCAGUAUAAAUUUCUUAUUUUUUAGAAAUAGUAAUAAUAAUUUGUAAAUAUUUAUUAAACAAGUUUAUAUAUUUCUCUUUUAAAGCUUGAAAAUUGAUGCAAAAACAAGAAAGUUCAGAGUUUUUAAUUUCAGACAGAAUUUUUGAUAUUUGUUAUGUAUUAAGCGGGCCGUACCAAAAGGAAAAUUCUGAAAGGCCUACAGCAAAAGAUAUUCAUCCAGUACAUUUAACAUCUAUUCCAAACUACAAAAUCUCAGAUUUUCAAGAAUAUUUGUCAAAAAUUAAUCAGGAAUAUCGGAGAUAUUGUCUUUAUAGGUUUAGAGAAAUAGAUGGUAAUCUUUAUGAGCUUGAGAAAGAUAUUUUAAAAUUGAAUUUUAAUGAUUAUGAUACAAAUUCAUCGAGUCGGUCUUCUUUAUCAUUUGAUAAUCAUUUUGAAUCAUUGAGGCCUAAUAAGGAAUAUAUUUCUAAGUUUUCUUCAGAAAAAAAGUUGGUAACGAUAGAAGAAUCUUUAUCAUCAAUUCCAUUAGUUUAUUUUAAAUCUAACUUUGAGCUUGAAAAUUCAAGAAUAUUUGAUCUAGUUGCGGAUAAUUCUAAGAUUUCUUCUGAAAAUUUUGUUUCUUCUAAUUGUAAUACAUUUUCAAAUAAUUCUAUUUUGCAGGAAAAGUUAUCAUGGUAUUUAGAUAUUGUUGAAGUACACUUGAUAAAGGAGAUAAAUAGCCUAAGCCCUUUAUUUUUCUCCGUUAUAGACUAUUUGCAGGGUCUACAUAAGGUAUCAUCUAAUUGUAUUGAUAAAAUAAAAGAGUUGAGGACUAAAUUGAUUAAUAAUAACGAUACUUUUGUAGAGCCUAGAUUGAAAAUUAUAGAAAUUCUAAGAAAGAAAGAGAAUUUGGAUAGACUGACUCUUGCACUUAAGCACGUCUAUAAUAUUUUGAGUGAAUUCUCUGAAAUUGGGGAUUUAAUCAAAAAAAAAGAUUAUGUUCAUGCUUUGAAUAUAAUAGAAAAAAUUAGUGAGGAAAUAAAAGGAAAUCUUGAUGGUUCUAGCAAUAUAUCUCUGUCAAAUGUCAUUGCUCUUUCAUCUCUUGGAAAAGAAUUGCAGAUUUUUAAAGAGGAAAUUAGGGAGAAAUUAUUACUGGAAUUUGUAAAUGAGUUAAUAAAAGACCAUAAACAGGUUAUUUUAUAUGUUUCUCCAGAAACUAUUACUGAAAUUUAUUUAAAUUUUCAAAAAAAGAAUAAAAUCAAUAAAAAUUCUAGUCUACAGUAUAUUGAUUUAGAUGAAGAUUUACGAAAAAAAAUUGAAACACUUAUUAUAGGGCUUUAUAUGACAGAUUCUAUUGAAGAUGUAUUAAAGAGUUAUUAUGAUGCAAUUUUAAAAGAAGUUAAAAAUAUUUUAGUAUAUAACAUUUUAGAUAGUAAUAAUCCGGUUGACGUAGAUCUAUUUUUAAAUCCUAUAACUAAAGAACAUACUAUUUUAGUAAAUUUAUUAAAAGAAAUGACUCCAAAGAAUUUUCUUCAAACAAUUGGUACAAUUUAUGCUUUGGUAUAUUUAUUUAUACGGAGACUAUCGAUUUAUCAGAAAUUUUUUUUGGAUAUUACAUCAAAUUUAGUUGAAUUUAACUUUGCUGAUAAAUCAAAAUCAUUAAAAUCUAUAGAUAUUAGUAAUAUUUUAAUAGCUGUAGUAAAUUUUAUUGAAUCUGAAAUGGUUACGAUUUUAGAUAUUAGAAAUUAUCAAAAUAGCAAGUUUUCAGAGAACAAUGUCUUUCAUUUUUUUUCUUUAAAUACUAUGUUUUUAUCACAAAGCGAGAUUUUAACAGGAAAAUCAGGAGAACUUCUUCAAAAAACUGUUUUGGCUCAAGUUAAACAAUCAAUCAAUAAUUAUCAUGCUAAGAAAAUGUCACAAGAAACAUUAAUUCUUGAUAGAGAUCGAUGGCUUCCUGAAAAAUAUGUCACAGAGGAACUCGAAAAUGCAAUUUUUUGCAUUAUAGAUUCAGCAGUUACUGAUCCAAUAUCAUGGAAAAAAGACUUUUUAUUUAAUGAAAUAGAAGACUCAAAAUCUGAUGUAAGCUCCGUUGAUAGCACUAACGAUAGUUCAAAAAAGUCAUUUGUUAUUAUUGAAGAUAAAAAAUAUUUUAUUAUUGAAUCUUUGGCAUUUUUAAUUUUAAUUUUUCAGAAUUAUACAAAAUUUUUCAUUUUAAUUCCUUCAAUGGCCUAUGAUAUAAGUAACAAUUUAUUGGAGUUAUUAGAGUUAUAUAAUUUCAAAGUUUCUCAAUUAAUUUUAGGAGCAGGUGCAAUAAAAACACUUGGAUUUAAAACUAUAACAGCAAGACAUUUAGCCUUGGCUUCUCAUUCAUUAUCUCUGAUUAUGCAUUUAAUUUCUUAUAUUCUUGAGUUUAUGAAAAGACAUGUAGGAAAUCUUGAUCUUUCCGAAUUUGAUCAAAUUAAAAAAGCAUAUCAAGAGCAUCAAUCAGAAAUACAUAUGAAAUUUGUUAGCAUUAUGACUGAUAGACUAGAUGUAUUUAUGAACUCUUCCUCAGGUGGGUUAAAAACUCUUGAUUGGUCAAAGCCGUUACUUCAAGCUGAAGAUGGUACUUUAAAAGCACAUAGUUAUAUGGAAUCUCUUGUUAAAGAUAUAUUAACUCUUAAUAAGAUUUUAACAAAAUAUUUAAAACAAGAUACUAUACAGGACGUUAUGUUCAAAGUAUUGGAUAUUUAUAUAAAUCUGUUGUCAAAAAAAUAUAAUACUCUUUCUUUAGACAUACACAAUAUAGAAGAGUAUAUUUUUGUAGAUGUUAAAUAUUUUAGUGAUAAUAUAGCUACACUUGGCCAUAUAGGUCAAGAAGCUAGUUGCAAAAUACUUAAAAAUGUGGAAUCAAUGUUUAAGGAAAGGAAAGAGAACAUAUAAAAUAUAAAAAAUUAUAAAACAAUAAGUUAUAUAUUAUUAUCA